AUGGUCCUCAGUGUGAGAAUCCAGAGCUCUGUGACCUCAUUCAUCCUGCUGGGGUUCUCAGAAUACCCUCACCUCAAGGUACCCCUCUUCCUAGUGUUCCUGGCCAUCUACAAGGUCAGUCUGCUGGGGAACCUGGGCAUACUUGGGGUUAGAAUCAAUCCCAAACUUUACACACCGAUGUACUUUUCCCUCAGCCAUCUUUCCUUCUUAGAUAUUUGUUAUUCCAGUGUGUUUACACCCAAACUCUUAGAGCUCUUAAUUGUGGAAGAAAGGACGAUCUCCUUCCAGAGGUGCAUGACACAAUUUUUCUUCAUUUGCACAUUUGUGAUUACGGAGAUGUUUACGCUGGCAGUGAUGGCCUAUGACCGGUUCGUGGCUGUCUGUAACCCCCUGCUCUACACAGUGGCUAUGACUCCUAAGCUCUGUGCUCUCCUGGUAGGAGGGACUUAUAUGGGGGAUGGACUCUGUUCCUUGAUACUUGCAUAUUCUCUUUUGCAAUUAACUUACUGCAACUCUAAAGUCAUCAAUCACUUUGGCUGUGAAUAUUCUGCCAUCAUUUCUGUAUCACAUUCAGACUCCUCCUUCAGCCAGAUGGUAUGCCUAAUAAUUUCCACACUGAGUGAGGCUUGCAGCCUCCUGAUCAUCCUUGCCUCCUUCGUGGUCAUAGUGGUGACUAUCAUCAGGAUGCCCUCCAAGGGUGGGCUCCACAAGGCCUUCUCCACCUGCGCCUCCCACCUGACGGCCAUCAGCAUCUUCCACGGCAUCAUCCUCCUUCUCUACUGUGUGCCCAGCUCCAAGAGCUCCUGGCUCCUGGUCAAAGUGGCUACUGUGCUUUUUACAGUCAUGAUCCCCAUGCUGAAUCCCCUCAUCUACAGCCUCAGGAACAAGGAUGUGAAAGACACAGUCAGGAGGCUAAUCACCUCCAAACUAAGUUUCCAUUCACAAUAA